AUGGAAAAUACGAAAGAUGAAAUUAUAUGUAUUUCAUCUGAUGAUGAUGAAAAUAUAAAACAGGAUAAAUGUAAUGAUAAACAAGAUUCAUUUACUAAAAAAUUAGGAAACAAUUCUGAUUCUCAUAUAAAAAUAGAAGCUUCUUCAAGUAAUUAUGAAAAACCGAAAGAAUGUACAUUAAAAAGAAAAAUAUCUGAAAUAAAUGAUGUUUCUUGUUUUGAAAAAAGCUCAAAAAUGUUUAUAUGUGAAAAAGAAAGCAAUGUUAAAUUAUGUAAUAUAAAAAAGAAUGAAGAAAAAGAAAUAAGAAAAGAAAAGCAAGAAAAUAAAACAUUAUUGAAACCAAAAUUGAUUGUAAAAGAAAAGAAAAUUAUUUCUUCUGUGGAGCAGGAUGUAUUUCCUAUGUUUAUUAGUUUAUGUUUGCAAAGAGAUCGUUCUGAAGAUAUGAAAACUAUUGUUAAUAAAUUAAAAAGACGUUAUGAGCAAUUAGAUCCUAAAUAUGUUAAUUCCAAAGCUUUUAUUAAUUUUUUAAAUGAUAAAAGAAAUGAUAUAAUGAAUAGUGAUAGUAAAUUGUUUGUAUAUAUAGCUGAAGUAAUGAAUGAAAUGAAAAAUAGUUAUAAAGGAAAAUCAUCUUUAUUAUUAAAUAACAAAAUUCGUUCUUCUGAUGGAAAUAAAUUAAAUAAAAAUAAUAAUUUAAAUGUAGUUACUACAGUAUGUUCAAAUAUGUCAUAUACAAUUAAUAAUGUAUUUAAUGACAAUGAAAUUAUAUCAACUAAUACAGAUAAUGAAGAAAAACAAGAAAUGGAUCCUGCUAUACAAAGGAAAAUUAAUGUAAUAUUAAAAACAAUGGAAAAAUGUGAAGCAUAUAUAAAAAAACUUGAAGAAUCAGAAAUCAAUUUUGAUGAUGAAAAUAAUAGUAAUUAUAUCAAACUAGAAAAAUAUAAGUAUCGAAUGGUGGAACUUUAUAACAAAUAUUGUGAAUAUACUGGAGCAAAUCCUGAUGCAGAUCGAACAUAUCUACAACCAAAGCAUUUUGGUACUACAGGAAUUGUUGCUGUAGAUCAUGCUAUUACAAGUUUCAUUAAUUCUAAAAUAUCAAAAAGAAAUAAAUUGAAAAAAAUUGGUGCUUUUAGAGAAGCAAUAAUUUUUCCAGAUUAUACUGAUAUUUUAAGAUGUGUUACAAAAUGUAAUGAAUUGCAUAAUUUAAAUUUAGAUUAUAAAAGACAGAAAAAAAUUGCAAAAGAUGCAUUUGUUGCUUUGGGAAAAUAUUUGAAACAAUGUCGAUGCAAUGAUUAUUGGGAUACAUUUUCCUUAUUUCUUGAAAAUGAAGAAGAUGAUCCUGCAUUGAAAGAUCCAAUGUUAGCUGAAAAAUUGAUACAGAACCAAAGAGAGGGUGAAAAGAAAUUAUCUAAUGUUUUUGAUACAUAUGUAAAAAAGCAAGAAGAAAUGAAAAGUGAAGACUCUAAAACAUCAUUAGAGAAUGAAGAGGAUGAAGAGAAUAGUAUAGAAAAUGAUGAUGAAGAAGAUAAUGAUGAUGAUGAUGUUAGUGAAAUUGAUAUAGAUUUGGAUGUAGAUAAAGAUAAAACUAGUUCAGAAGAAGAUGAAAAUAGUACAGAUGGAAGUGAAACAUUUAAAAAUAAUACAUGUAUAAAAAUAAAAUCUAAGAUAGAAAAAGAUAUCACAAAAAUAGAAGAAAUAUGUCAAACAAAUAUGAAUGAUGAAUUAAAAAAUAAUAGUAAUGAUAAUUCAAAAUCAAAAAUUAAUAAUAUUGAGAAUAUAUCUAAUUGUAAAUAUAAUUUUGAAUUGAAAUCAAUAGAAAAUAAUGCAGCAUCAUCACCUAAUAUGGCACCACAUUUAAAUAUUUUACCUAAUAUAAUGUUUUCAACUAUAACAAAUAAUGAAAUUUCUAUUGAUGAAACAAAAGAGGAUGAUCCUAAUAUUAUGAAUAAAGAUUCAAUGGAUGAUAAGUUACUACAAGAUAAAGAAGAAGAAACAGAAGAAAAACCAUUGUUACGAGUGUGCUCUUUUGCUAAACCUCCAGAUACAUGGAAAGAUAUACAAGAAAAAGUAGAUGAAUCUAAUGAAAAUGAAAAUGCAUUAACUGUUAAGGAUGUAAUAGAUCUUACACAAGAUCUUACACAAGAAAAUUCAGCUGUUCAUCAAUGUUCAACUAUUCAGAUUGAAUCUAAGGUACUUCCUGUUGUAAAAGGUAAUUACAAAACAUUAGUGAUACCAGCAGGUAAAAAUAUAAUUAAUGUAAAAAAUAUUACAAACAAUUAUGUAAGACUGACAAAUUCAAAUAUUAUAACUGCAUUAAAAAAUGAUCCAGUCAUAUCUCCGCAGCAAAAUACAAAAUCAACAACUAUACAUUUGUCAUCAAAUUUAUCCACAGAUCAGAUAGUAGAUAUUAAUAAUCAAAUACAAAAUUCACAAAAUAAACAAGAAAAUACAACUGUACAAAUUUCUCAAUCUAAUCAAAUUAUAAUGUUACCUACAAAACAAAAAGAAAGUACCUCUCAAUAUCCAAAAACGAAUUCAUCAAUUUCACAAUCCAAAUGACUCAUAGAAAAAGUAAAAAUAAUUCAUCGCGACCAUUGUUAUGCAAAAUUAAUAAAUGAUAGAUGACCAAUGGAUUACAGUAAAUAAACAUAUUAAUUUUUUUAUGGACAAUUUGUAAUUUAUCAACAU